AUGUCACUUUUCGCACCUGCACCGAAGCCAAAGUGCCUUCUCGGCUACCAUCGCGUGCUGGCACCAUCGGCCGGCGCCAAAAUCUCGCCGCUAUGCUUGGGAACGAUGAAUUUCGGCGACGCGUGGAAGGAGUUCAUGGGCGAGUGCAGCAAAGAGCGAUCGUUCGAGGUGCUUGAUGCAUUUUACGAGCUGGGAGGCAACUUCCUUGAUACGGCAAAUAACUACCAGGAUGAGGAGUCAGAGAUCUGGAUAGGCGAGUGGAUGAAGGCUCGAGGCAAUCGAGAGCAGCUAGUACUUGCUACAAAGUACACGACAGGUUUCCGCAACGCACAUCGCGAUAGGGAGCCACUGCAGUCUAACUACGUCGGUAACUCAAUGAAGAGCAUGCGAACUUCAGUCGAGCACAGCCUCAAGAAGCUUCAAACCGACUACAUCGACCUCCUCUAUCUCCACUGGUGGGACUUCACCGCCUCCGUUGAAGAGGUCAUGCACGGCCUUAAUAACCUCAUCACCUCCGGUAAGGUCCUCUAUCUCGGUGUCUCUGAUACCCCGGCCUGGAUCGUCGUGAAGGCGAACGACUACGCUAAAGCCAACGGCUUGCGACCCUUCUCGGUGUAUCAAGGCAAGUGGAACGCUGGGUUCAGGGAUAUGGAGAGGGAGAUCAUGCCAAUGUGCCGUGACCAAGGUAUGGCCAUUUGCCCAUGGGCACCACUUGGGGCGGGCAAGUUCAAGUCUGCGGAGGCCCGGAAGUCAGGUGAGAAGGGCAGUACCCGUGGUUCCGAAUUAUCGGAGAACGACACCAAGAUCUCGGAUGCUCUGGAGUCGAUGGGGAAGAAGAAGAAUACCAGCCUUCACGCAAUCGCCCUUGCAUACGUGAUGCACAAGGCGCCCUACGUCCACCCGAUUGUCGGUCAGCGAAGCGUCAAGCAUCUGAAGUCCAACAUCGAUGCAUUGAGCGUGUCACUGUCUGACGAAGACAUCAAGGCUAUUGAUGGGUCAGUGCCCUUUGAUAUCGGCUUCCCGAUGAGUUUCAUCUUCGGAGAAUACAAUUCCACCGCCACCGCCUCUGAUGUUCUCCUGACGAGAUCGACUGCGCUGAUCGAUGUACCGCCUAACCCUGCGCCGACGCGGCCACAUGACAAGGAUGACAUCGCUUGA